AGGGGAUUGCUUUUUGGUUAGGGUUAGGGUUUUGCUUUUUGGCGGGCUCCUUGCACUUGGGUUCAGCCUCACGGGGACCUCCUGAACAGGUCUGUUGUUGGCCGCAUUUGGCCAUGUCUGGAUGCAAACCGUGCGGUCGUAACCGAGUGCGAUUUUUUUUGAUGCGAGACAUAGAGGAUCGGGCAGGGCUGAGAGAAAUGAGAAAGUUAAAGCCGAGAGGCUCGAAGUGGGGGGGGGGGGGGUUUACACCCACCCAGAGGCUGUGACCGGAGUGAGAUCCCUGUCUAAUUUAUCCAUUUCGAGAGGUGGUGGUGGAGGGGGGAAUACAUUGGAAAUCGGAUGCUUUACAAAACAGAAAGGAAGUUUUAAAAAAAUGUUGCCACGUUUGGCCGCGUGGUCACAGACGGGUAUGAAAAAAUGCUCUCUAAAAGGAAUCCGAGAGUUUGCUUUCUUGGACCCCGUUCCAGUGGUUUUGACAAUGAAAGGUUUUGGUGCAUGGCUCGGCUUCUUUGGGGGAGCCAAUCCUCGGAGCCGCCCCGCCCCAUUCCUCGCACAAAUACUGGGAGCAUUCAUUCGUCGGCGUCUCAGCAGUUUUCCUUCUAUGGGGAGGUCGAUACUAUAGGUGGGAUUCCUGGAGAUAUGACUGUACACACUCAGAAAUGUUGCAGUUAGCUUCCCCGCGUCCCAGGCCACUAUUACCAGCCGAACUGCUGACACAUUUAGGGCAGUUCUUUCUCCUCAAAUACCAAUGCGUGUUUCAUCUGCAUGCUUUUGACGUUGUGCUUGGCUCCUCGGGGACUCGGCGCGCACACACACACAACGAAUUCUGAGCCAAUUCUCCUGUCCCAUUCUCAGUGUUGUGACUCCAGAAGCCUGGGGUUUGCUGUCGCCCCACGUCCAUCGAUUUCUCACAAGUUUUAUGAAGUGCAGCCGAAGUCGACUCUGUAUGACAGUACCUCGAUUGAGAAAUGACCUUGGUGAUUUCGAUGAGCAGAUUAUGCGAUCUUCCUGUUGAAGAACCCUCAGAUAUCCCGGAAUACGUGCCCAGCUGGGAAGAAUCUUUCAGCAAAACCACAGUGAUCUCAGACCAGACUAAAUACGGAGAGCCCACAGAAUCACCUUGCAAAGGAAUCUCAAAUUUUCUAACAACGUCCAAGAUAGCAUACUUCAAACGGAAAUAUGUGGAAGAUGAAGAUCUUCAUCCACCUGCUCACACCUGCUGCCAAAGAGCACGGAACUUUGCUGUUCCUGAGGAUCGCACCCACAUACUUCGUUUAUCACUGGAAAAGUUAAGGUUUAUUGAAGAUCCGGAAGUAUUUCUGCGACGUUCCGUGCUGAUCAACAAUUUGCUGAAACGGAUUCGAGGUGAAAUGCAGAAUGACUGGUAUUUAUCUGCCUGCUCAUUUGGGGAAACACCAACUCAUGAUUGGUUCGGAUCACAGGAAUCAACCUAUAGGAAGCGACUGCGGAUUGCCAAAGAAUAUGACAGCAGCCUGCAUAAUUGCUGCUUUUACCAAGACUGUGGUAACCAAUAUUCAGUGAUACCUUUCUCUGUUUAUAAUGGAGAUGGGGCUCCCUCUUCCUUGCCUAGCUGUUCUCGUCAGAGUAUGGACUGUUCUGAAGCUUAUGGAGCCCAUAAUGCACAUCCCAGGGUUGAGGUGGCAAUCAGUGCAGCAUCUGAUGUAUAUGAGAACAUUGGAAAGUUGUAUGAUAAUGAAAGCAAUGCGGAAGAUGAACAGCAAAAGGAAAGUAGCACAAUGAAACAUACUUCCAGCGAUAGGGCCAUUCCCCUUGUGUGCAGUGAUAAGGUGAUUGAUUGUAAUGCAACUGGCUUCAAAAACGAUGGUAUGGUUCCAGCCGAAUCUCCGUUAGAGACUGACGUAUUAAAGCAACAUGUAGGUGAUCACAAACUUCGCUAUCUAAAGGAAGCAAAAUUGGAAUCAUCAUGUUUUAUGAUGGCAGGACCCAACAAUUUAACAAGUAUAGCAAAAAGUACAUGCCGGGUCACUGACACAUACUAGCAUAAAUGCCCAUUACAGAAGCUGCAGUUCAAUCUUUAUCAUCAUGCUGAAGCACUUUAUGCUAUCAUUGAGACAAGAUUCUGAAGAGAAAAGUAAUCACAGAAGAAAAUAAACUUACAUGGUUUAUUGUUUAUGACAUCGCGUUGAGAUUUUAUGUGAUAGGCUGUUGUCUAUACUAAAAUUAAGAACAUGUGAUUUAAGGUGCCUUAAAUUUGUUAUGACAGUGUUAAAAAGUUUGCAGAACAAUACAAGUCAUCUAUUGGGGUAAGCUGUAUGAAGUUUUAUACUAUUUUCUUAUAUUUUAGCUUGCCACAGAAUGUAAGAUCCAAACCAUUCAAAACAAACAUUUUUGACUUUCUUUUAAAAUUCACAUUUCAAUAGAUGAUGUGUAUAAUUUAAAUCUGUUCUGUGGAUAAUAUUCUUCUGUAGUCCAACAAUGGAGUGAUCGUUCCCAGUAGCAAACUGCUCGAGUAUUUCCAUAGCAACAGAUAGACUUGCAGAGAAUGAAUUUUGUUUUGUAAAGUCUGUGAAUUGUUGGCUGACUUUGUUUUAACUACAUUUCUUUGUGAACUCAGAAAUUAACAUUUUUUUAAAGCUAGUUUCCUGCUAUUUGCUGAAAAUCCCAAUCCAUUUUAAUGACAUUGUCAUCAACGACGACAGUAGCAUGAUGUCUUGAUUGUAGACACCUUCAGUUGUAACUGGAUAAUAAAACUUUGGGAGCAGUACCUAGUUCAUAGGAUGAAUGGAAAAUGCUCUCCUUAAAACACUUGCAUUCAGAAUGAUCGUGUUGUUCACCUUAAGGCAUUAGCUUUUUUAAUGUGACAGUGGGCAGCAUCUGUUUCCAAUGCAAAUUGUACAUGCUUUUUCUAACAAUCAAACAAAAUAUAUGGGGUCCUUUUCCACGUGGUAUGAUAAAUUGGUACAUAUUAGUGUUUUACAGUAAAAUGUGAUUUACAUGUAAAAUAUUUAUUAAACAGUAGAACGUCUUACACAGGCUGAGUAGUUUGAAACAAAUUUUUCUUGGAAAAAAAUGGAAUACUAAAUCGGUAGAUAAUAAGAAAGGAUGGAAAAUUAUUUAAGACAAUCAAUCAGGUUUGCUCUUGGCCGAGUUUUUGGGUUAAGAAAGGGCACAAUUGUUUCUUGGUAACAAAUACACAUGAACAAAAGACGAGGUACUUGCAUUUAUUCCUGACCUAAACAAAUUUUUUAUAAAUCCAAAAAGAACAUUCUGGGUGAAAACAAUUCAGCAGAACCUCUGACGCUGGGUGGAAUCUUAUAGGGGUCUGAACAAUGUGGGCUAUGCUGAAAUUUGUGACAGAAUUGCAUAAGACAUCUAGCAAUGCCUAUCUCAAUGUUAGCAGCAACUUGCCGUAUCUAAUGUGAAAUUGUUGAGCAGCGAGGCAAGUUUCUUACCAGGCAGCAGUGAGUUGCCUAUUAAAGGUGUUUAAAGCUUGUUAAAUGCCUCAACUCGCUUCAUUAACAUUCAUACUGAUACUUUACUAAGCACCUGAACCUUGACAGUUCUCAACAUAAAAGUCAGACCAGGUACCUGGUGACUUCAGCUUGUUGCUGGCUGCAAGGAGCCUCCAAGUUGCAUUGUUCCAAUUUGCAUCUCUGAGUUCUAUCCGUGGGCACUAGCCAUACACAUUGCAUGUACAACAUUUGCCAGCCCCUUCCACUUGCAGAAUGUUUAUGAAGUACAUCCCUCAAUUGCAUUGAAUGGCUACUGCAAAGACACUUUACAUGCAGGGACAUAAACCCAGCUCACUGACUGAACCAGGCAGCAAUUGGAGCACUGCUCACUUGCUCUGUUAGCACUCAUUCACUUAGAACAUACUCAGUUACAGUAGCCAUGCCAUUCCUGUUUGGCUUGUUUGCACAGACACACAGAAAGUCUGCUUGUCAGAAGGAAAUUAUCAAGGAAAACACCUUUCUGUAAGAUACAUUGAGAUGCAAAUCUUAUAGCUGCAGUGUGUGCCAGCCAUCAGAAAUGGGAAAUGUGUAUUGUCCGUCAGGGACCUGCAAACACAGGGGUCUGAUCAGUUAUGUUUUGGGUCUGCUCAUCAAAUAUGGUCUGGGGUGAAUACCAUCCUGCGUUUUGAACGGUUAGUAAGGGGAACCUGUAGAGGCAAUGGAGGUGGAUCACCAUCAAAGGGGAUGGGUAAAUCAAGGCUCAGGUUGGGAGAAAAGUAACAGUAGGCACAAGGAUUGUGCUGGGAUUGGAGAACUUUAUUGAUGUGGCCCCCACAGGUAGUGUGUAGAACAGAGUGUUAUUAAGGUGUAAUAUCGGGGUUGGGGAGACAUGGAGGAUUAAUUAGAGGUGAAGUUCAAUCUGGUGGGUCUCCACAAUGGAUUGGGGUGAUGGGAUGUCUGAACCAUCAGGAUAGAGUGAGAUAAAAGGGGACAUGGAGGUUCUGGGGGAUACCUACAGAUCAAAUGGAGCCUGGUGCUGACGGUGUCUACAAUGAACCGUGUUCCCUGCCAUCACUUGCUGUUCUUUAGUGAAAUGUAACUGGAAAGUGGCUGAGACAAUGCUCGGUGGACAAAAGUUCAGGAUCUAUAUCUGUAAAACUCCAUGACAUUGAAGAGGCAAAUACAUGAAGCAUGUGUUUUCAAACUCCAGCUGCAUUUCAUUUGCAGUCAUUCUUUACCCAUUUUCAAUGCAGAUUGAAUAUGCUGGAUAAAGGUAUAUGCACCAUGCCUUUGGUGUUUGCAGAUCUCACAUUACCAUCUCAGUGAUGCAGAGGUUAGUGGUGUGAGUUGAAAUGAAGUGAAUGCUGGUUGAAAGCGCCCCAUCAGUUGUAAAGCUUCCCAGGAUGCUGUGGGAGGAGAGGAACAUUUCUGUAUGACCUGUUAUGUCAGCGUAACAAUACGUUUUUGAAUUUAGUGAGAGGCUCCAUGGUUGAUGUGGAUCUAGGAUGAGAAUGGAGUCAGAGCACAGCACACACACCUUUGUGGAUGUGAAAUGGUGGGCAAUCAGCUGGCAUCACAGUUUAGAGCUUCUGAAGAUUUAGUUCCAGGGUUUGAACUAAUCUGAGAGAGCCCUCCACUGUGGUCUAGAUACAUGUAUUUCAUGAUCCUAGAGUGUCGUGCAGUGUGCAGGUGGAGCAGGCAACAAGGUACGUGCUAAGUACUGAGGAACCAGGGAAACAGGAGCUGUAUUCAAAAGAGAAAGGCAAAGACACUGGGGAGGAGGAAGCUUACCUUGUACAUGACAAGGCUCAGCUAUAUUGGGUGUGACAAACCAGAGGAUCUGAUUGACCGUAGGUUCUAGUAGAUGUGAGAUGGGUGCAGAAGACCAUCAUGGACUGUUAAAUACGGUUGAUCAUCAUGCCAUCAUAUAGUUAGCAGCGUGGAGGACGAUUGCAGCCUUUAGUCCGUUUCUUUGUGUUUGCUUUUGUUGGCUGGAAGUAAAAGCUCAUGCUUGUGGUUUCUGACUGCUUGCCUGGAUGUGAUGUUCCCCUACUAGAUGAAUACAGGCUGUAGGUGUCCUUUGGGCAUUGGGAACAGAGUGGCUGUGACUUUGAGAGUGUGUCUAAACAGAAUGCAGCUAAGGAUAGGAACACAGUGGUGUGGUGAUUUAACACACAUGAGGGUGAAAGAAUUAGUUUUACAUGCAAGAGUGUGUCAGCCAUGCUGCCUAUGUACUGUGAACAACCUGGCUUUGUGCUGCUAUGCCAUUACAUAGCUGGUGAGGGGCAGAUUGUCAAAGCUUGACUGGGUACACAGCUUUUCAAAGAUGGGGUGGGUGCAAGGAAUGUUGUGGCUGAUAGAUGCUGGGUGGCAAGUUGCACUGAGAAUGGUGUGUGAUAAGAUAGGGCUAGCAUCAGACAAAAGCGAUAUCAUAUGGCCCUAGGAGGGAGUUAAUAGGAUAAGUUUGGUAAGAUAUAGUGAGCAAUUUUGCUAGGCCUGAUGGUGAGAAAGCUUCCAAAUACUUCAACACAAGUCUUGCUUAGCCAAAAAUCGCACGAUACAACCUCUUGAGUAGACCCUAAUAGGGUCUGCCAGAUACGAUGUGGAUUUAAUUUCAAUCACUUUGUCCAGAGUUUAAUGAAGAAAGCAAAUUUUAGUGCAGAUUGACUCUCCUAUGAAUUUCAUACAUGCUGUGUCUGAGACAUUGAGCUCUACAGUACCGAGAAAGGCCCUUUAAUUGUGUGCCAGUUACAUGAGAAAUUAUGUGCAGCUCAAAGUGCUACUCUACUAUUGUGAUG